ACAAUAGCUACCCAACCGACUCUUCUAUGGCGGCGCCUAAGAUUUGAAAUAAUCUUCACACACACCUACACAACUUGCCUACUGGAUACAUAUAUAUGUAUAUAUAUGUAGUUGUCCAAGUUUAAGAAGAUCGCUUAGGUUGCUAGAUUUGCUUCCCAGGAAAGAAAAAUAAAAAAGAAUCAGCGACGUAAACUUCGUGGUUUCUGCAAAGGUGGCGAACCGGCGGAAGGUUGAAGAUGAUGCGUGGGCGUAUGAUGAAUACGAGGCAUUGAUGAUGAGUGGGCGUAGGGAGAGGGAAAUGUCGGCCAUGGUUUCUGCUCUGACCCACGUGGUGGCUGGAGAGAUGCCCACUGUUAAUGAUGGGUUUGAAGAUUGGUGGUCUUCGGGAUCUGAGGUUCAGAACGGAGCAAGAAAAGAAGAAGAAGAAGAAGGAGAAGAAGAACACAGAGAUGGUGGCCCAUCUUAUGUGAUCCCACAUGCAGUAGACUCAUCUUCUUCCAUACCAGUUAGAGGAGAUCAAAAUCAGACGGUUGUAACGUACGAAUACAGUAGCAGUAGCAGUAGCGGUAGAGAAGAAGGUAGAAGAAAAUACAGAGGAGUGAGACAGAGGCCAUGGGGGAAGUGGGCAGCGGAGAUAAGAGAUCCAUUCAAGGCGACUCGAGUUUGGCUGGGAACUUUUGAUACGGCGGAGGCCGCAGCCAGAGCCUACGAUCAGGCCGCUCUCAGUUUCAGAGGAAGCAAAGCUAAACUCAACUUCCCGGAGAACGUCAAGCUACGAUCCUCGCCUUCACCAUCGCCGUCGCCGUCGGGGUUGGUUCCCAUGUUCUCUGCACCCAUGCAAAGCACCGGUGCACAGUUUCCGUCGCAGCCUCCAUACCCUUCUUCUUCCUCUGGAUGAUUCCAGUUUAAUUUGGAGAUUUUUUUUUUUUUUUUGUUGAUUUUUAAACUUAAAGAAGAAAGUAUAAUUUGGAUGGUUCCAGCCACCGCCCCGCUUUGUCAGAUGUGUAUUACAAGUUCUCAACUAAAUAAUUUGAAAGUCAACAGUUUACGUUCUGGA